AGGGGGCCCUCGAUCUUCGCCCGGGAAGAUGGCUGCGAGCUGGUGGUUCUUCUUCAGCCUGACCCUUUGCCAGUCUUUGGUGAUGAACCUCUCCGCCGAAGGGCCCUUCCCGUCGCCUACCACGAUAAAACGGUGGGUGGAGAUGAUGCAGGAAGACCUCGUGCGGCUGGUGAGAACAGCCAGUGGAGUGGAUGACCUCGUUCAAAUAUAUCAGAGAAACAAAAAUUUAUACACAGUGGAAGCCAACAAUGCACGACAAUUGGUGGAAAGUGCAGCUCAAGACAUUGAAAAACUCCUGAGUAACAGAUCCACAGCCUUGGUGCGUCUGGCUGAAGCAGCAGAAAAAUUCCAGAAAGAACAUCAGUGGCAGGAUGAAUUUGCGGUGAGCUCAUGUUUUUACUUUACUGAUUUUCCCAUAAACAAAAAAAAAAACCAUGAGAGAAAAAAAAACGAGAACGAAACUGGUAGCCAGAGAAUCAAACCUGUGUUUGAAGAAGAUCCUCUGUUCGGUCGACAAACAUCAUACCAACAUGCUGCUGUCCAUAUACCGACCGAUAUUUACGACGGCUCUACCAUCGUGCUGAACGAACUGAACUGGACAGGUGCAUUAGAUGAAGUCUUUAAAAAGAACAGGGAGGAAGAUCAAAGUCUGCUGUGGCAAGUUUUCGGCAGCGCGACCGGUCUCGCUAGAUACUACCCAGCCUCUCCCUGGGUGGACAAGAGUCGAACCCAGAACAAGAUUGAUCUGUAUGAUGUCCGUAGAAGACCGUGGUACAUCCAAGGAGCCGCCUCUCCUAAAGAUAUGCUUAUUCUCGUUGAUGCGAGCGGUAGCGUCAGUGGGUUGACCCUGAAGUUGAUCCGAACAUCCGUCAUUGAAAUGUUGGAAACCUUGUCGGAUGACGACUUUGUGAACGUGGUUUCGUUCAACGAUAAAGCUCAAAACGUCAGUUGUUUCAAUCAUCUCGUACAAGCUAACGUGAGGAACAAAAAGAAGUUGAAGGAAGCCGUCUACAAAAUCCAAGCGAAAGGAAUCACUGAUUACAAAAAAGGAUUCAGUUACGCCUUUGAGCAGCUGCUCAAUGACAGCCAGAGUGUCUUCAGAGCUAACUGCAACAAAAUUAUAAUGUUGUUUACUGAUGGAGGGGAAGAAAAGGCUCAGGAGAUAUUCGAGAAGUACAAUAAAGACAAGAAGGUCCGUGUGUUUACAUUUUCUGUUGGUCAACAUAAUUAUGACAAAGGACCCAUACAGUGGAUGGCCUGUGAAAACAAAGGUUACUAUUAUGAAAUUCCUUCCAUUGGGGCCAUAAGAAUAAACACACAGGAAUACUUGGAUGUUUUGGGGAGACCCAUGGUAAUGGCUGAGCAAAAAGCCAAACAAGUCCAAUGGACAAACGUUUAUUUGGAUGCUCUGGAACUUGGGUUGGUCAUUUCGGGAACCUUGCCAGUGUUUAACUUUACCAAAGAUCAAAACAACGUUCAGAACCAGCUGAUCCUUGGCGUAAUGGGAGUUGAUGUGUCCUUAGAAGAAAUUAAAAAAGUCACCCCUCGCUUUACUCUGUGUCCCAACGGUUAUUAUUUUGCCAUUGAUCCCAAUGGCUAUGUGCUGCUUCACCCAAAUCUUCAACCAAAGAAUCCGAAAUCUCAGGAACCCGUGACUCUGGAUUUUCUGGAUGCAGAGUUGGAGAAUGACAUUAAAGUUGAGAUUCGGAAAAAGAUGAUUGAUGGUGAAAGUGGCGACAGGACCUUUCAAACACUGGUCAAAUCUCAAGAUGAGCGUUAUAUUGAUAAAGGCAACAGAACGUACACAUGGACUGCUGUGAAUGGCACAGAUUACAGCUUGGCUUUGGUAUUACCAUCCUACAGCUUUUACUACAUAAAAGCCAAGAUUAAUGAAACCUUAACUCAGGCAAAGUUUAUUGCAACCCUCAAGCGAGAAUCCUUUGACGAAGUUGGAUAUACGUUUUUAGCACCCAGGGACUACUGUAGCACAGUGAAAAUAACAGACAAUAAUACUGUAUUUCUUCAAAAUUUCAUUGAAUUUAUGGAUCAAUAUUCACCCGAAAACCCUUCAUGUAAUGGUUUGGUGAUGAGAGCUUUGUUGGAUGCGGGCUUCACAAGUGACCUGGUCCAGAAUUACUGGAGUAAGCAGGACCCCGAGGGAAUCACAGCACGCUUCGUGGCUACGGAUGGAGGGAUCACCAGAGUAUAUCCCAAAAGUGCAGGCGAAUAUUGGACAGAAAAUGCGGAAACCUAUGAACAGAGCUUCUACAAAAGGAGUUUAGAUAAUGAAAAUUAUAUCUUCACAGCUCCAUUCUUCAACCGAAGCAUCUAUGAAGAUGGCAUCAUGGUAAGCAAGGCUGUGAAGGUCACUGUGAAUGGAAAACUUCUGAAACCAGCAGUUGUCGGAGUAAAAAUCAACCUGAACAGCUGGAUGAGAAAUUUCACGACAAUCACCACUAAAGACCAGUGUAAAAGUGGGAGUGAGAUUUGCGGAUGUGAAAAGAACAGUCAGCACGUUGACUGUGUCAUUCUUGAUGAUGGAGGUUUUCUUUUGAUGACCAACCAAGAUAACUACGUUCCAGAGAUUGGAAAGUUCUUUGGAGAGAUUGACCCUGGCCUCAUGAGAAAUCUCAUUAAUAUGUCCUUGUAUGCCUUCAACAAGUCUUAUGACUACCAGUCAGUCUGCGAUCCAGAAGAUGAACCGAAACAAGGAGCAGGACUCCGCUCCAUCAAUGUGCCUACCAUUGCAGAUAUUUUACACCUUGGAUGGUGGGCGUCGGCAGCUGCCUGGUCUAUUUUGCAGCAGCUAGUCUGGGGGCUGACCUUCCCACGUUUCCUUGGGGCAGUGGAAGUGGAAGAAGAGGAUUUCAGUGGCUUCCCAUCCAAACAGAGUUGUAUCACAGUACAAACACAAUAUUUCUUCGGGUCUGAUGAUAAAUCCUUCAAUGGCAUUCUGGACUGUAUCAACUGUUCUAGGCUUUUUCAUGCAGAGAAGAUUUCCAACACCAAUUUGGUUUUCAUCAUGAGUGACAGUAAAGAAUUGUGUCAUCAUUGUGAUGCAAGGCCGUUGAUGCAAGCCGAGAAGCCUGAUGAAGGACCGAAUCCUUGUGAGAUGGUUCAGCAUCCCAGAUACAGGAAAGGACCGGAUGCUUGUUUUGAUGACGCUAAAGAUGAUUCAACAGAGUGUGGUGGAGUCUCUGGAUUGAGUCCAUCACUCUGGUCUAUGGUAGGAAUCCAGUUUAUCCUCCUCUGGAUGUUAUCUGGAAGCAGACCCUGUCAAUUAUGACCCCGAGAAACCCCAAACCUCAUCUAACCAACCAAGAUCCUGCCAAAAUGUUAGCCCACCAUUGUCAUUCAAGGAAAAAAAAAAGGGGGGGGGUCCAGUCUGCUCCAGCUGCGGAUUCCACGGCGACCCCAGUGACUCGAAAAUCUUCUCGGGAGGGGGGAAAAGGCACUGGAAGGCACCCACCACAGCUGCAUGUUGGUGUGUCAGAUCCGUUAACACGCAUGUGUGAAUGCUUCAUCAUCUAGGCCAUUCAGAACUGGAAUCUGUAUGUGCUUUACUGUGGAGUUGCAGGGUUGGGAGGGGCAAAGUCUUUUGUGUGUGUGCUUUUGAAGACUCUGUGUUUAACCAAAAAGGGCUCCCCUUUUAAAAGAUCACCCCCAUUUCUGUUUGUUCGUUCAAACUCGGUUUUGAGUGGGUUGCACUCCUUAAACAUUGGAACACCUGAUUUGAAAAGGAAAGGGGAAAACAAACUUGCCAUUUCCUUCGCUUUCUGGUUUAGAAUACUGAUUAUUUAUAUGCCUGCUUUCAACUAACUCGACUUCAUUUCACGCCGGUUCGCCGGUGGUCAAAUCAACACCGUGAUUUAAGAAAAACGCAGAGACUUCUUCACGACUUCUCCUCCUCCUUCCAUAACCAUUGCUCCCACUGCCAACUUCAAGCCCAUCAAUGCAACGGCGUUAGCACACCUGAAAAUGUUUCCGAAUCCCAGGAAUUUAAAACAUUCUAGAAGGGGAGGGAGAGGGAAUUAAAACGAUGGUCGGAAGGUGGCAACCUGUUUUAAAGUCCAAAAGGACUUUUUUUAAAUGAAGAAGAAAAGAAAAAAAUGCUAAAAUGUUUUAUUUAGGAAGCAGUGGUGGGCUAGAUGUCAACGAUCUGGCGCAUCGAAUUGGACACCGCGAGACUUUUCACCAUGGUGUAAAAUGCCUUAUAACAGAUCAUCUUUGUUUUCUAAAAAAAAAAAAAAAAUCGGAUUUCAUCAUUUCAUGAACGGGAUGCAAAGUUGUGAAAAAGGCGAGCUCGAAGCAAGCAAUGUCAAAAUGGAAUCUUUUUUUAAAAAAAAAACAAAAAACAAACUUCAUCCCAGUAUCUUGCUCAAGCUGUUAAUGUCCGUGUGGGAUGUUAGCCUGUUUUCACCGGUUGCAAAGUCCUCCAAAGUUUUCAACACACAACGUUUGUGAAUACAAAUGUCUUUUGUGAAUAUAUUGAACGUUGGUUUCCAAGGGUAAUUUUUGCAUGAUGACGAAGCUGCUAUUCUGUUCAGGAAUUAUUAUUUUUUUUCCUAGAUUUUUUUUCCUUUUCCUUUUUUCAUGUGUAGAGUGUAGUUUAUUGAAGAGGUGUUUGAGUGAUUUUAAUUUUCCUGCUGUGUGAGAAACCAAAUAUUGCGGUGUGAUGCAAUUGAAUCUUACGUUACAUAUUGUUAAACAGAUAUCUGAAUCGAUUGUGCAAUGUAAAAGCCGAAAAACGGGGGAUGGUACAUUUAAUUAUCUGUGCAAGUGGGGAAAAUGGGUUUUAUAAAUGAAAACAUUCACCUGAAUUACUGUUUACAGGUCCAGUCAGUAGCUGAAAUUGAAUUGACAGGCAUUUAUUUCAGGGUUUUAAAAAAUAACUGUUUAUUUCCAUCAAACUUAUCUCCAAUUAUUAUUCAGCAUCUUACCUUCUGCUUUUCAUCACAAAAAACAAAAUUUAAAAAAAUUGAAUGAAAAACAAUUGGAAAACCCAAAACAAUCCCUGUAAUUCAUAGAGAGACCCUUGGGUUUGAAGUAAAAAAAUACUUAUUUAGUGUGAACUCAAACAUCAAUCCAGUCAGUAAAAACCUUGGAGUACUGAAUGUUGUAGACAGAAAAGAUAAUAUUUUAAUCAAGGACUCACCAAUGAAUGUGUGGCUUUCUUGAUCUCACAGAAUUCUUCUAAAAACUGCAA